AUGCCCCGGGCGCCCCCGGCGCGCCCCCCUCCCCCCCCCGCCGCCCCCAAAGGGGCGAACGACGCCAAGCUCUGCGCACUCUACAAAGAGGCCGAGCUGCGCCUGAAGGGCAGCAGCAACACCACGGAGUGCGUUCCCGUGCCCACCUCCGAGCACGUGGCCGAGAUCGUGGGCAGGCAAGGCUGCAAGAUUAAGGCUUUGAGAGCCAAGACCAACACCUACAUCAAGACACCUGUGCGAGGUGAGGAGCCCGUGUUCAUGGUGACUGGGAGGCGGGAAGACGUGGCCACAGCCCGGCGGGAAAUCAUCUCAGCAGCUGAGCACUUCUCCAUGAUAAGAGCCUCACGCAACAAAUCUGGCGCCGCCUUUGGUGUGGCCCCUGCUCUGCCGGGCCAGGUGACCAUUCGUGUUCGAGUGCCCUACCGUGUGGUGGGACUGGUGGUGGGCCCCAAGGGAGCGACUAUCAAACGCAUCCAGCAGCAGACCAACACAUACAUCAUCACCCCCAGUCGGGACCGCGACCCGGUGUUCGAGAUCACCGGCGCCCCAGGCAACGUGGAACGUGCGCGGGAGGAGAUCGAGACGCACAUCGCUGUGCGCACCGGCAAGAUCCUCGAGUACAACAGCGACGGCGACUUCCUGGCUGGCAGCCCCGACACUGCGCUGGACAGCCGCUACUCGGACGCCUGGCGGGUGCAUGCUCCGGGCUGCAAGCCGCUUUCCACCUUCCGGCAGAACAGCCUGGGCUGCAUCGGCGAGUGCAGCGUGGACUCGGCCUUCGAGGCCCCGCGCCUAGGCGAGCAGGGCGGGGACUUUGGCUACGGCGGGUAUUUGUUUCCGGGCUACGGCGUGGGCAAGCAGGACGUGUACUACGGCGUGGCGGAGACGAGUCCCCCGUUGUGGGCGGGCCAGGAGAACGCCACGCCCACCUCGGUGCUCUUUUCUGCCUCUUCUUCUUCGACCAAGGCACGUGCAGGCCCACCGGGUGCACACCGCUCUCCAGCCACCUCUGCGGGGCAAGAGCAGCUGGCCGGGCUCCCUCGGCGACCGCCUGGAGAGCCGCUGCAGGGCUUCUCUAAACUGGGGGCGGGAGGGCUGCGGAGUCCAGGCGGCGGGCGGGACUGUAUGGUGUGCUUUGAGAGCGAAGUGACAGCAGCCCUGGUGCCCUGUGGACACAACCUUUUCUGCAUGGAGUGUGCAGUACGCAUCUGCGAGAGGACGGACCCAGAGUGUCCUGUCUGCCACAUCACCGCCACGCAAGCCAUCCGAAUAUUUUCCUAAGCUCCCUGUCCCUGGUCUGGGCCCGCUGCCCAGGGUGACACCCUGGACCUGUAGGGCCUUUUGGAAAAUCAGUGACUACAGGGCAAGGUGCUUAGAAAUAUUCGCUCCCUGGGGUGGGGAAGGGAGGCAUGAGUGGCUGAGGGGGCAGCCACUUUCAGAACCUCUGGUUACCCUUUGGGAGGGGGCCAGACCGUAAGUUUUACUAGAGUUACAACUCUGAUACCUCAACACACCCUUAAAUCUGGAAGCAGCUAUGAGAAGCUUUUGUUUAGCCUGAAGUGUCCACCAGGACAUCCUGACCUUUCCCUUCUCCCCAUCUGUGUGUCAUUUUACCCCUUCCUCUGUGGAGGGGUAAGAGAACACAGGAGGGGGAGAAUUGCCAUCUGUAACCAGAGGUGCUCUUAGUGAUCCCCGCCCCUCUGGUCCUGACCUCCACCUCCUAACAUAACCCUUUAUCCCCCUCCCCACGCAUAUCCGGAGUUCCCAACAGUAUGAGGGAGAUGGGGGCCUAUCAAAGAUCUGGACUGGAGGAGGAGGCCAAUCAAUAAAGGGCUCACAACUCAUCUGUCUUACAAAGCUGGGCUAGAGAGAUCUGGAAAGAGGGGCUUCUCUUUUUGCUUGGCUUUUCCCCAACUUUUCCUCUGGGUUUGCCCUUUGCUUUUUUUCUAUUUCUUCAAUCCCCCCUCCCCUGGCUGUCCUCUUUGUCUUUCUUCCUUUCCCCCUUCCUGCCCCUUCUAGCCCAGCUUUGGGGAUACCAUCCUCCUGGGGAGAAGUGCCCCCAGUUCCUCUUCAUGUACUGGAUAGCUCUGUCCCCCACUCCUCCAAAGAACCAGUUCCAGUUCUUGAUGGAAUGUAGCCGUAGACUCAGUGACAGUUCGAGAGAGAAACUGAUAAUGGGGGUACGUAAGGGUUGAAACCCACCUUCAUCAUCUAUGGGCAUUAUACUUAGGGAGCACUUCUCCUGGGUCUUCUGGCCAAGGGAAGGGAAAAUGAGAAGUAGGAAAAGUCUUGGGGCAGGAAAGAUGUGGAUGGACGGCUCCCCCUCCCCCUCACCUGCAGUGGCCUACCCCCUGACCUCGCUGCACCAGCUGGACCAUUAUUGAAUCCGUAUUAGCCACAAAUCAUGAAGUCUCUGUCUUACCCACUGGCUGAGGAGAGAGGCCAGAUCUUUGGUGAGGGUCAAGCCUGGGCAAAGCAUUGAGGCGCAGUAGGGCCUGUUACAAGAAUCAGGUGUUGUGAUAGGGCCUGGCACCCUUUGUCUGUCCCGCAGCCUCCUACCCUCCUGGUUCCGCUGGCCGGGCCGGGAGAGGAUGGGUGAUGGGGAGGCCCGGGAGGCCCAGGAGAUGCUUGUAUAUAGUCAGGUGGGACUGAGCUCUUCCUGCUCAGAAGUCCCAUUCUUCCUGGAUAGGGAAAAGAUGUGGGAUGAGGGCACAGAGGGAGGUCCUCUCUCCCCUUUGCCUAUUGUGAAUUACCUUGCCUCUCCUCAGCCUUCCCCUCCAUACCACCAGCCUGGGAGGGGAGAGGAAGGAGGCCACAGCCCAGAAAACUGGCCUGUGGCAGCUUCCCUCCUUUCCCCCAAUGUGAGCCAUCUUGAGAUGUCUGUACAAUAGAAACCAAACCAAAUGGGCACCCUGGGUUGCCCAGGGGCAGGGGAUGGGAGGGGGCGGGAAGAAGGGAUGUCUGUCUGUCGACCCCCUCCCCCUCUCCCCCCACAAAGGCAAAGACUGUUACACUGGGGCUCCACAGAUCCAGUCCCACACCCUUGCGGAGUGAGCCUUUCCUAGAAACAAGCGCAAAACGCAAAAGUGAGCGACAAGAGAGAAAGCAAUGAGGGAGUGAGAUGGUGACCAACAGGAGAGGAAACAAAAAUAGCAAAAAAGAAAAAAAAAGCAGUUCUUUAUAAUUUAAUAUUCUAUUUUAAUAAAGGCAUUUAUUACCGUAUAAAUGUAGCAAAGAACCUGGGCUAAUAUGAAAAAAAGACUUUUUAUUAGGUAAUUUAUUAUAUGAAAAGGAUAUUUUAUUUUAUGAUAAAGUGAUCCUUAAAAAAAACUUUAGAAGGUUUAGAAUAUA